UCCCACUUCUCGCCAUACUGAUUGCUGUGCUCGCCCAGGGCCAGUGACGUGGCAGUUGCCGUCGCCGUCCCAUGCCAUUUGCGCAUCCGCAUGCCGUCAUAAGAGACGCUCUGGAGAUCAUCUCCGACGCCCUCACCACUCUCGGGGAAAAAUCCACACUGAUCCGAACACCACCCGAUCUGCAUCAGCCCGCCAGUGAGCAGACGAACGUGGAAGCUGUGCUUACCGCCUGCGUUCUCCCGGAUAUAAGACGUGGCCACGACAGACUCGAACUUCCAGCUUGAGUUCCACACUGUUUUGCCAUCGAGAAGCGCACUGAACGACGGAUAGUACGGCGAAUACAACAAGUGAGGCUCGUCUGCUGCAGCAGCAGCAUUAUCAACAAUU